AUGGAGCCCAUCAAGGUCCAAUCAGAAGGGGGACUGAAUGUGACCCUCACCAUCAGGCUGCUGAUGCAUGGCAAGGAGGUGGGAAGCAUCAUAGGAAAGAAAGGAGAGACGGUGAAGAAAAUGCGUGAAGACAGUGGCGCCCGCAUCAACAUCUCAGAGGGGAAUUGCCCCGAGCGGAUAGUCACCAUCACCGGGCCGACAGAUGCUAUUUUCAAGGCAUUUGCCAUGAUAGCCUACAAGUUUGAGGAGGAUAUAAUCAACUCUAUGAGCAACAGUCCAGCCACCAGUAAACCCCCCGUGACCCUGAGGCUCGUUGUCCCAGCCAGCCAGUGCGGCUCCCUCAUCGGCAAAGGAGGCUCCAAAAUCAAAGAAAUGAGAGAGUCCACAGGAGCUCAGGUCCAGGUUGCAGGCGACAUGCUCCCCAACUCCACCGAGAGAGCAGUGACGAUCUCAGGGGCCCCAGAAGCCAUCAUCCAGUGUGUCAAACAGAUAUGUGUGGUGAUGCUUGAGUCCCCACCGAAAGGUGCCACCAUCCCCUACCGCCCCAAGCCUGCCUCCACCCCUGUCAUUUUUUCAGGUGGCCAGGCUUAUACCAUUCAAGGACAGUACGCCAUCCCUCAUCCUGACCAGUUGAGCAAGCUCCACCAGUUGGCUAUGCAGCAAACCCCCUUUACCCCCCUCGGACAGACCACCCCUGCCUUCCCCGGUCUGGAUGCCAGUAACCAGGCCAGUACUCAUGAACUCACCAUUCCCAAUGAUCUAAUAGGCUGCAUAAUCGGACGUCAGGGAACCAAAAUCAACGAGAUCCGUCAGAUGUCUGGGGCGCAGAUCAAAAUUGCUAAUGCCAUGGAAGGGUCAUCGGAGCGCCAGAUCACCAUCACAGGGACCCCCGCCAACAUCAGCCUGGCCCAGUACCUCAUCAAUGCAAGGUUCAGAGACGUGGCGGCCAUGUGGAACGACCCAACUUCCAUGACCACAUCCUGA